CUGCCCUGGGAUCGGCGGAGCUGAGACCUGAACGCACCGGGCAGAAAAACAUGAAUCUAUUUGCAGGAGCUCACGAGACCUGGGCUGUGGAGGCCAACACGCUGCAGCAGGAGAGGCUGCAGGCCAUCGCGGAGAAGCGAAAACGUCAGACAGAGAUUGAGAACAAAAGGAGGCAGCUGGAGGAUGACCGGCGGCAGCUGCAGCAUCUCAAGUCCAAGGCUCUGCGGGAGAGAUGGCUGCUGGAGGGAGCCCCGUCCUCUGCCUCUGAGGAGGAUGAGGCGAUGAAGAAGCAGAUGCAGGAGGAUGAGGUGAAGACCAAGGAGCUGGAGGAAACCAUCCAGAGGCUGGAGAGGGAGUUGGAGUCACUGGAGAACAGCAGCUCUGCUACGUCCACCAAGGAGAACCUGGCUGAGGUGGUGGCACCAGCAAAGGAGGAGAAGGCAGAGAACAUCCCCAGUGUGCAGAAGAGUCCCCUGGGCACAGCCAUAGCUGAGAAGAAGGUCUCCAGCAGCCCCAUGAAGGCGGUGCAGGGCACUGAUAUGAUGAAAGCAGCCAUGUACUCAGUGGAGAUCACGGUGGAGAAGGACAGAGUGACUGGGGAGACCAAGGUCCUGUCCAGCACCACGCUUCUCCCCCAGAACCACUGUGUGCAAGGGAUCAAAGUAUACGAGGAUGAGCUAAAAGUGGUGCACGCGGUGAGUGCCGAGGAUGGAGCUCUGCAGAACGGGGCGCAGCCGCUCAGCUCCUCCGAGGUGGAUGAACUCCUGCACAAGGCGGAUGAGGUGACCCUGGGUGAGGCCACAGCGAGCGGGGAGGCUCCAGGCAGUGCCACAUCCAGCCAGAAGGCAACGCCACGGAGGGAGAUCACGGGGCUGCAGGCGAAGCCGAGGGAAAACUCCACAGAGGGCGCGGAGCCGAGCCGGGAGCAGCCGGUCACCAUGAUCUUCAUGGGCUACCAGAACGUGGAGGAUGAGAACGAGACCAAGAAAGUGCUGGGGUUGGAGGGUACCAUCAAAGCCGAGCUGGUGGUGAUCGAGGACGCCGAGAGCAAGCCGGAGCCGGCGAGCAAGGACCACGCACCGCCCAACGGCACCGCGCUGGAGCCGGCGGCCGCCCCGCUGCAGGGGGACGAAGUGCCAAGCGGGCAGAAACCGGGCACCAACACCAUGGAAGCCAAGGAGGCUGAGCCAGACAUGGACGCGAAGAAGCAGCGCUGCAAAUGCUGCACGGUGAUGUGAGCCCCCCGCCGAGCCCCCCCAGCCCGCUCCCCGCAGGACACAGGGUUAUUGACCGGACACGGCGCCCUUCUUGUUUUUCAUAAGAACUGGGGAAAUCCAACGCGGUGUUUGGAAAGCGUUCACCAAACGGCAGCGCAUCGAGGCCACGGCUCCGCCCCGCCUGCCCGACACCCACUCCAUGCACACCCCUCCAGUGCUGCGUGUGAUAUUUAUUAGAGACCCCCCCCUCCCCUUCCCCACAACCUGCCGCCCUUCCCCACAGCCCUGCCCACCCUGGCGCUCUCCUGCUGGGACGCCUGGGAGCCUUCCCUCCUUCCUCCAACUAUUUCCCAUCCACCAUCGGAAGACGGCGGCAGCCAGGAGGGCCCGUGCCCACCCAGCCCUGCGUGGCAGCUCUCAUCACUUCUGGCACUCAUUUCUUCAGCCCAGCUCCAUGCCGUUGUCUGCGCUGUGACGCUGGGCCAAGGACCGGGCACGGCUCCCCCGGCGCUGGCACCAGCCUGGACCCAGCUGUGCUCUCCUGAAGAUCCCUGCCCCCAUCACACAGACACCACCAGGUACCGAUGUCACCGCCGCCGCUGCUCCACGGCCGUUCCUCCAUCCUGGUGUUGGAUGCUCAGCUGUGUCUGGUUGCCCACUGCCCACCCAGGGGCGCGGGGUUGGCAGCGAGAGGUGGGGCAGCUGCAGAUCCCAGCCCAUAGGGAUGGGAUGGAAGCUGGAAUCUGCCUGCAGUGCUCGGCAGCAGUGGGACGUGGCUCAGCACCGUGUGCCCUCUUGCCAUGGCUGAAGCUGCCCUGGCAGCUUUGCAGAGUUCAUUUUUCCAGCACCUCUGUCAGAUCCUCAGCCCAGCUCGCUCUGGGCUUUUUGUGGUGCCCCCAGGUGCUGUCUCUGUGCCGGUGGUGCAGUGAAGGAUGGGGUCACAGCUCUGUGGCAACCGCUCUGCUCCCUGCCCUGCGCCCCAGCCGCCAGCGGGGAUCUCACUACCAGCACCAGCGUUUCCUCCCCACUGUGACCUGCUGGGGCAGGAGGAAGGGUGGGGGGCCUCUGUGGGUGCUGAGCCCCGUCCAACCCGUGGGUGCUCCCCAGGACAGCCCCACUACCGGCCCUAGGAUGAGAUGCUUGCUGCAUCCCAUGCUCCACCAGCUAUUGACGGGCACAAGGCUGUGCUAUGAGCUGUCUCCACAUCCCUGAGUUCUGGCCAAAAGCCUCCAGGAGAGGUGGAACCCCAAGGGCUCAAGAGCAGAGCCUCUGCUGCCUGCUGUGGGAGCCACCAGCAGGGACACAGCCCUGCAGUUCCAGCACUUAGGCAUGGGGUGCUGGGGAGAUCUGCCCCACUCAUCCCUGGGGAUCCAGGCCCCCAGCGGGGCUGCAUGUCACCUCCUUCCACCCCCUCCCUGGGUGCUGACCCCAACUUAGGGCCCCCUCCCACCCUCAGCACCCACUGCUCCUCGGUCACCUUUGGGCCCAGCACUGACUCCAGGCAGGAGCAGAACUGGGCCCUGCAGGGCUGGGGCUGGGGGGCAGCAGCAGUGAGGACCUGGCCGUGCCCCAGCCCCAGCCUGCAGAGCCCCACACCAUCCCCCCCAGCUCAGCUGAAGUGCACUUCCUGCGCUCCCGUGCUUUUUACCUGUGAUGAAGCCGUUUGAAGUUUCCCUUCCCACCCCCACCCCCCCCUGUUGUUUGUAAGACACCUGAACCAAGCAAAUAAACUGUGUGAAUA